AUACAUGGUCUUCCUGUACACAUACCUAUUGAUUUUACCGCAUAUUGCUUAGCAACAAGAAAAUUUUUGUAGGACACUCAUCAACCCUUCAUUACCCAAAAAAGCAUCGGAGAAUGUACCUACUACGGAUAAGAAUGAAGACGUUAUGUAUUUUUUUCAUGUAUUCUUUACAUCAGUGUUUCGCUCAAACAACCCAAAAUAUAGUCGUUUUGUUCGUCAAUGAGGAAGGGAAUGAAGUAGCUGAGUCUUCAGUCGAUGUGGCAUUGACUUAUAUCAAGAAAAAUAAUAAGCUAGGCAUAAACGCCGAAGUUACGAAAGUUUCUGGCAACAGAACUGAUUCAGCAGGGUUGCUUGAAUCACUAUGCAAAGUCUACAAUGCCAUGUUGGAAAGAAAUGAACCACCGCAUCUAGUUCUGGACACUACGAUGACCGACCUCGCAUCAGAAACCGUCAAAUCAUUCACCCAGGCAUUAGCCCUACCCACCAUAAGCGCCUCAUUUGGCCAAGAGGGAGAUCUUCGCCAGUGGCGUACCAUAGAUGAGGACGAGAAAAAGUAUCUGGUUCAAAUAUGCCCACCCGCCGAUAUAAUCCCAGAAAUCAUAAGAAAAAUAGUCCUACAACAGAAUAUAACUAACGCUGCCAUACUUUUCGACGAAACGUUCGUCAUGGAUCACAAGUAUAAAUCUCUGCUACAGAAUGUAGCCACCAGGCAUUUGAUAUCAGCGAUCGACACUCCAAGAAUUGAGGCACAACUGCAGAGGCUACGCUCUUUGGACUUGGUCAACUUCUUCAUCCUCGGCACAAUCGAUAACAUCAAACUUGUGCUCGAUGCUGCCCAGAAAAAUGCUUAUCUCAACCGAAAAUUCGCAUGGCACGCCAUUACCCAAGAUUUGGGAGAACUGAAGUGUAACGUGAAGAAUGGAACUAUACUUUUCGUGAAGCCGGUGGUCAAUGCAAAUUACCAGAACCGUCUGGGUCAAAUCAAGACGUCGUAUCAGCUGAACGCUAAGCCAGAGAUAGCAGCAGCUUUCUAUUUCGACUUUGCCCUUCAUUCGCUUCUUACUGUUAAAAAUAUGAUAACUGAUGGAAGUUGGCAGAAAACGAAUGCUACAAAUUUCAUUACUUGCGACGAAUAUGACGGUAAAAAUAUACCAAAAAGAGUAGGACUAGACUUGGAAACUGCACUGAAGAAGGAGCUUCAGGAUAGUGCGGAACCACCUACCUAUGGACCAUUUGAGAUCAUUUCGAAUGGUUUCAGUCAAAUGGAGUUCGAUAUGACGAUGUCUCUUGUAGAUGUUAGAGAUGGAGCACCAGAUAAAACAACGCCUGUAGGUACAUGGGCAGCAGGUUUGAACUCGAAUCUCUCAUUCUUAGAGAACGGGAUCAUGGAUAAAUUCACCUCAGCGUUGGUGUAUCGAGUGGUUGUAGCAGAGCAAAUUCCGUUCGUCUUCAGGGAUGAAAACUCCAAAAAAGGAUACAGUGGCUACUGCAUAGACCUAAUGGACAAAAUAGGUGAAGUCUUGAGGUUCGAGUACGAGAUUCAAUUGGCAACUGGAAACGUCUUUGGAAAUAUGGACGAGCAAGGCAAAUGGAAUGGACUGAUAAAGGACCUCAUGGACAAAAAGGCCGAUAUUGGCUUGGGAUCCAUUUCUGUGAUGGCAGAAAGGGAAAACGUAAUCGAUUUCACUGUACCCUACUAUGACUUGGUUGGUAUUACGAUUCUGAUGAAGGUACCAAGAGUUCCCACUUCCCUGUUCAAAUUCUUGACAGUUCUGGAAGACGAGGUAUGGAUGUGUAUUCUUGCAGCUUACUUCUUCACCAGCUUUCUCAUGUGGAUCUUCGAUAGGUGGAGUCCUUACAGUUACCAAAACAACAGAGAAAAGUACAAAGAUGACGAAGAAAAGAGAGAGUUCAACCUGAAAGAGUGCCUGUGGUUUUGUAUGACUUCUUUGACGCCUCAAGGGGGAGGAGAAGCUCCGAAAAAUUUGUCAGGACGUUUGGUUGCAGCCACAUGGUGGCUGUUCGGAUUCAUCAUAAUAGCUUCUUACACUGCGAAUCUUGCAGCAUUUUUGACAGUAUCUCGUUUGGAAACUCCGAUUGAAUCACUGGACGAUUUGUCCAAACAAUAUAAGAUUCAGUAUGCACCUCUUAAUGGAUCUUCUUCUGCCACGUACUUCGAGAGAAUGGCUAACAUAGAAGCUAGAUUUUAUGAGAUCUGGAAGGAUAUGAGCCUCAACGACAGUCUCAGCGACAUAGAAAGGGCAAAACUAGCAGUAUGGGACUAUCCAGUCAGUGACAAGUACACCAAGAUGUGGCAAGCGAUGAAAGAGGCAGGUUUUCCGAGUACGCUCUCAGAAGCUGCCGAGAGGGUUAAGGCUUCAGAAUCUUCAACCGAGGGCUUCGCCUAUCUGGGAGAUGCAACAGAUAUAAAAUAUCUCGAAAUGACGAAUUGUGAUCUGAAACCAGUUGGUGAGGAAUUUUCGAGGAAACCUUACGCCCUUGCAGUGCAACAAGGUUCACCCUUGAAGGAUCAGCUCAAUACAGCAAUAUUACAACUGUUGAACAGGAGAGAACUGGAAAGGCUCAAAGAGAAAUGGUGGACCAAGAAUCCAAACAGAGCAAAAUGCGAACAGCAAGAGAACCAGUCUGACGGUAUCAGCAUCCAGAACAUCGGAGGUGUCUUCAUCGUUAUAUUCGUCGGAAUAGGUUUGGCUUGUAUAACAUUGGCUUUCGAAUAUUGGUGGUACAAGUAUAGAAAGGUAGCAAAAGUAGUCACCGUACAGGAAGCAGACGUUCAUCCCGUACCAAAAAAUGCUUUCGGAGCAGACAGUUUUGGAAAAAAUAAAUUCGGUAGGGAAACUUUUGGCAAGGAGACGUUCGGUAAAAAGAAAGCUGAGAAGUUUGAACCGAAAGUUAAACCAACUAAAUUGUAUCAGGGGUCACACUAUUGAUCAUUAUUACCUACAUGUUGAUUGUCAUCUUAUAUAGCCGAAUCUCAGCUAGGAGGAAUAUUACACUCAC